AUGGAUAGCUUCAAUGUCAAUGCAAGGCCUUACUUGGCCCUGAUCCCCAACGAAAUACAAACACAAAUAUGUACAUACCUCCCAACCGCCAGCCUUGCAAACUUGGCGGUGACAUGUCGCAUCAUCCAUGGCAGCGCUCAUAGGGUCCUAUAUCUGCGAAAUGCCACAGAGGAGAACUCAUCAGCAGUCAAAUAUGCGAUCCUAGUAUCCGCGAGCAAGUACACGGAAAGGGACGCGUUGCAUAUUAUUCAUUUGGCCAUUUCUUAUGGGGCACAGCUGGACACUGUCCAUUCACACCCUACAAUACCCCAGACAUAUGCAACUGUGCUUCACAUGGCGGCCGCCCUGGGGUACUGCUCGAUCGUCAAGCGGCUGCUUCAAAACAAUGCCUGUGUGACUUUAGCGAGCCGGAAUCUCUGGGACAUGGUCCCAUUAGCUUCGUCUGACAUGGAUCAGAUCAUCAAGAGAGUCGCACCUUGCUUCAUAGACACGCUCUCAUGGUGUUCCAGAAAGGUCAAGACCUAUCUGACCGGGGUCGAAUUGCUUCCCAUAUUUAUUCCUUUCAUUCGCAAGGACAAAGAGAUUGUUAACCUUCUAUUAGCCCGUGCUCCAGAUUGCCGUCUUACCCUUGAUUUUCAAGUCCAGGGUUGUGGUGCUCUUACAGCACUUCAUGUCCUCUCGGCAAGGGAGAACCAAGACGAGAAACUUUUGAAGAAAGUGUUACAACUCUCAACGAACCUUAUAAACGAAAAACUCCCCGGGGUUGCUGGCAGCGCAUUGCAUAUUGCACUUAGACAAGGAAAUGAAUCUAUGUUCCAGAUGCUCGUGGAUAAGGGGGCUGAUUUAAAUCUGCAAACCCAAAGUCUUGGAUAUGCUCCGAUUCACAUGGCGAUAAUUCGAUGCCAUGAAUCUGAGAUAAUGCCUGAACGCAAGGUCUAUCAAAGUUUAAUUGAGCUUCUUGUGGAAAAGGGGGCAGACUUGGACAGGGCAACGCUAUUCGAAGGCUUCACGCCGUUGAUGACUUUGGUUGGGGCCGCGGAGUGGGACUGGAAGCUCUCAUAUCGUAACAUGAAGCAGCUUGUAGAUUUGUUUCUCGCCAAAGGGUGCCGCGUCAACCAUAUGGCACCUGGCGGAGAGACAUUCGUCUCUCUUCUCAUUGAGAGAAUAACCGAAAAGAAUGGGAAUCCUUCUCUUGAGGCUCUGUUAAAAGAUGUCAUCGAUAAAGGGGCCAGCCUAAACAAUCCGCUCCCAGGUGGCACAUCAAUCGCCAAGACAUACGUGAUUGAUUUUGAAAGAUGCCCCAGACUCGCAAAGCUUCUUGUCGAGAAAGGGGCUAGAAUUUUUGAUGAGGAGGUCGAUAGUGUGUUCCUCAGGUGUUUCAAGAACCCUCGAGUGCACAUGCGUUAUCAUCUUAAAAGAACUAAGGACCACACUAUCGACCUCCUCAAGGAAAAAAAACCACUGGUUUCACAAGACGCCAUCAACGAAUCCUUUCGGUAUGCAGUCGCAAACGACAGCCAAAAACUGGUGAAUGACCUUCGCAAUACCUGGGGCUUUUCUCCAACCAACCCAGACAAGCUUGUUUACCUAGCACUUCAAGACCCAAACCGAAGAUUGAUGGAAUUUGUGCUCGAGCUGGACUUUAACGCCAACAGGAUCGGUCGAUCGGGAAGUUACUUACACUUGAUUGUGGAACAGCUAGCCAAUGAUGGCUACACGGAAGAAGUAGCGAUAAUCAAUGCCAAGGCACUCAUUGAAAAGGGAACAAGUGUGUUGAAGAGAGACGGAGAGGGCAAAACAGCAAUACAGAGGCUCAGAGAAUCAGACGAGGAGAGGUUUAGAAAGGCAGAGGAGGAGGGGAUUAGAAAAGCGGAGGAGAGGCUUAGAAAAGCAGAGGAGGAGGGGCUUAAGAAGGCAAAGGAGGAGAGGCCUAAAGAAUCAAAUGAGAAGCCGAAAAAGGGGACUGACAAACUUCGGUUGCUGCUUCUCGACCAAAAGGACAGAGAGCUUGGGGAAUACUGA